AUGGUCGUCCGAAUCACGUCAUGGAAUGUCAAUGGCAUCCGAAACCCGUUCAGUUAUCAGCCAUGGAGGGAGAGGCGCACAUUUACCUCCAUGUUCGACAUCUUGGAGGCUGACAUAGUGGUCAUGCAAGAGACAAAGAUUCAGCGCAAGGAUCUUCAAGAUGACAUGGUGCUGGUUCCUGGCUGGGACGUCUAUUUCAGCUUGCCCAAGCACAAGAAGGGUUAUUCUGGCGUGGCCAUAUACACUCGCAAUUCUGUGUGUGCACCGAUACGCGCCGAGGAGGGUAUCACUGGCAUCCUCACAGGGCCAAACUCUACGACGAGCUUCCGGGAUCUUCCCCAAGACCAGCAAAUUGGUGGAUAUCCGAAACUAGGCCAGUUGUCAAGUGUUGUAGACGAAGUCACGCUCGACUCUGAAGGACGAUGUGUGAUCUUGGAGUUUCCUGCUUUUGUGCUCAUUGGCACGUACAGCCCAGCUACUCGUGACGAAACCCGAGACGACUUCAAGCAAUGUUAUUUGGACGCUCUAGAUGUGCGCAUUCGCAAUUUGGUCGCAAUGGGGAAACGUGUGGUGCUGACUGGGGAUCUGAAUAUUAUCCGAGCCGGCAUAGACACGGCAAAUAUUGGAGAACGACUACGAAAAGAGUCCCUGACUAUGCAGGACUUUUUCUCAUCCCCCGGGCGCAGGCUCUUCAACCAGCUAGUCUACGAGGGAGAAGUAUAUGGCGCCAGAGAUGACGGCCGUGAAGAGCCAGUCCUGUGGGAUCUGGGUCGCUUGUUCAACCCUUCGAGGGAAGGCAUGUUCACCUGCUGGGAGACCAAGAAGAAUGCUCGACCGGGAAACUUUGGCAGCCGUAUUGACUAUAUUCUUUGCAGCGACAACAUGAAAGAUUGGUUCAUUGAUUCCAACAUACAGGAGGGUCUUCACGGCUCAGAUCAUUGCCCCGUUUUCGGGACGCUCAGCGAUAAAGUUCAAGUGAGUGGAAAAGAAGUUCACUUGCGAGAUAUAAUCAACCCCGCGGGCAUGUUCAAGAACGGAGAACGAUCGAGGGAGUGGACCACAAAGGAUCUACUUCCAUUAUCUGCAAAGCUGAUCCCGGAAUUCGACCGGAGGAGAAAUAUCAAGGACAUGUUUUUCAAGAAACCAAGUACCAAUACUCCAAAGGCAGCUUCCCCCUUAGCGAGUGAGCCUGCGUCCAGCUCUCAGACUCCACUACCAGAGGAGCAGGACCUGGCAACACUUUCACAAUCACAGCCAAGGUCGGAAUCAAGUGCCCCAUCACCAUCAAAGUCGGCACCGACGGGUCUAAAACGGACACCGUCCAAACCACUUUCAAACAGGCCACAAAAGAAGACAAAAAACACACUUGGAAAGGAACCAUCGCUAUCGAAAGGACAAAGUAGUCUCAUGGGAUUUUUCAAACCAAAGUCUACUGGGAAUCUGAGUAAAAGCCCUAACGAAGAGACUGGCCAGAAGUCCGACAGUCUAGAUGGCGCCUGUGACUUCGAAAACGGAAAUGCCCAAGUCAAGGAGGAUAUUAAUGGCAAACAAAAACCGGCCCCUGCAGCUGCUGAACAAUCUGAAAAGGUCUUUGAUCCGAUUGAGUCCAAGGAGUCGUGGUCCAAGAUCCUUGGAAAACGAGUUGUACCAAAGUGUGAGCAUGGGGAGGAUUGCAUCAGCCUGCUGACCAAGAAACCAGGCAUCAACUGUGGGCGGUCAUUUUACAUGUGUUCGCGGCCACUCGGUCCUUCUGGCGACAAGGAAAAGAACACACAGUGGCGAUGUCGAACCUUUAUAUGGAGUAGUGACUGGAACCAGUCACAAUCACAGGCAGGUUGA